UUAGUCCUACAGGGACAUGCAGAACAUUUUAAGUUGUACCUAUUUAUGAUAGCUCUGUUCGCUCUAAAUAAUUUAACUGGCGGUAAACUCUGAUGAAGAGAUCACAAAACUGUGUUUUUUUGUCCUAAUGAACCUUAUAACAAAUGGAGUUAAUUAACCAAAGGCAGAGCAAAGAACCUAACUUGGUGCGUCGGAAUACCAUAUUUAUGAAAAAUGCUCGAAGAUAGAACUAUAAAUGGAAGUUGAUGCUCGAUCUAGUGGCGCAAAUUGGCGCUGGAGUCUUCUGUUUUCUGUGGUAUUCCUAAAUAUCUGCUUGCCGAGUCUGGUGCUAGCGUAUGGCGUGUUUUGGCUACACCUGACGAGUCUGGACGUGCCCGCAUGGCUCGGUCUAUCUACGCCUACUAUCUAUCUGCUCACCUUUGGAUUAACACAAUGCUGGUUUCGCGAGGCUGCCGACUCGUGGGGUGGGUCCACGGGUUACCGCGCGAUGGCAGCAGUCGGCAUCACAGUGACAGUCGCUAGCUUGCUCGCCUGCGCAUUUGUACCAUUGUACUUACAGCCCUUCAUAUAUGGAGUUUUUGGCGGUCUCGGAUCGUCAUUAAUAUCCGCCCAAAUGGAUGCAGUUAUAUUCGAAACUUACGACAGUCGGCUCGCAAUAGUACGAGGCAUAUGCAGCACGGGACAAGCAGUCGGACAAUCUUUGUUCCCCCACAUUAUAUCAGUUCUAAUCAAUUACUACGGAUAUUCCUUUUCAUUCAUCGUUCUCGCCGGAAUAAUAUUACAAGCGUUGCCAGCCGUCCUUUUUCUUAAAAUCGACGAAAGUGUCAGAAGAUCAGGUGCCUCCAGAUAUUCAGAUUUUUAUAAGAAUUAUACUGGGUUUCAAAAUGACGGUGCAGAUAACUAUUACACCGCAGAAUUGCAAUUGAUCGACUUAAGUAAAAAAUCUUGGAAGAAUCCAUCCGAUGAUAACUUACAUCGAGAAGACGAGGAGGUCGAGGAAGAUGCAGAAAUAGCAGGAACGAUAACACCGCCGCCGAGCCCGGAAGAGAAGAGAAGAAACAUUUUCGGCGUAGACAUAUUGCCGGAUAUCCCGGAGGAAAGUGAGGAGAGCGAAGACGACAUCGAACAAGCUUCGAAUGUUAAAUCGUCAAACAAUCAGCGACGGUUUAGCCUUGCAAUCAAAAGACUGAGCACACUAGGUGACAAUUUAGAUGAGUACAUAACAAAACAAAUUAGAAAAGAUUCCAAAGAAGAUUGUAGCAACCAUAACAAUAGAGAACAUUCUGAAAUUGAAGUAACUUAUGACCACAUAUCGCCAAUAACUGAGAUUCAUAGAGAAAAGGUGUUAAACACGUUCUCUUUUAGAUAUCAGUCGAUGGUUACAAACAUAAAGAGAAGGUUCUGGAUACCUUCGUACAGAAUGUACAGAGUAAAACGCAGAUUGUUGUAUUUAAUGUAUAACAUUAAUGAUACCUUUAUAAAACCUUUGACGAGAUCGCUUUCUUGUUGGAGAUUCUAUCCAGCCUUAUUGCUUAAUUUUGCAAAGUUGUGUUUGACGGCUGUAUUUUUAUCUUUAAUACCGAUGAUAGCGCAGCAGGUUCGGCCAAAGAUAUCAAUGUUUGAGACGAACUUUCUCCUGUCGUUGCACGGAUUUACCUGGAUAUGUUUUCUGUUGAGUACGCCGUGGUUGGCGCAGACACCGAAGAGAAAUUUCAAAUACGUCGCUGUGUUCGGAUUGAUUACAUCUACUAUUGCAUGUUUUGUUUUUGCAGAAACCAACAAUCACGAUUCCUUCGCCAUCGGCUGCGUGAUAUCGGGACUGGGGUACGGGGCUGUGACCUCAUGCUGUGAGACAGCAGUCCAAGAUUUCGUCGGUGCCCGAAAAUGGCCCAAGUUUCAAAGCACUCUCGAAACACUUUCUGCCUCACUAUUGUCUCUCUUCGUAGUCGGUUUGUCAUUUAUUGUAGGUCAGGAGCACGGAUAUCAAUACUCCAUGUUUAUUAUAGGCAUUGUAUUAAGUGCUGUUACGAUUUUAUGGUUAGUUUUAGCUCUUAUAUCUCUGUACGAUACUAAGCUGAAAUAUUUAAGACCAAACUGUCGUUGUUUAUUUUAAAUGAUGAUAAGAUAUUUAUAUUUUGUUAGAAUAUUUUAAUGACGUAUACAUGGAAA